UAGUCAGGGUUAACAAAAGGCGAAAUACUGUUUGAAACAAAGUACUCAAUCACAACUGCGUGAAGUGGGCUUUAAGACCUGUCAUAUUUCCCAAGCCUCCUAUAAUAAUGCAAUAUCAAAAAGAGAGGAAAAAUGAUAUCAUUAUUAAAGACAACAAACAUACAUUUUUAAACUGAAAAAAAAAUAUCGAUUACAUAUUUUGGUUUAUUGCAUUUUGGGGGGCAAUGUUGACAAUUAUUGUCGUUGCGUAGUGGGUCGGACGGUGCAUUGCCAGCCCGUCACCGUACGCGGAGUGGGACGAUGACAUCACCGGCAGCCGAGAGAGGAAAGACUGGGGAAAGAGGGCAGGACGCAGAAAUAGAGAAGACGCGGAGGGCUGUGUGAAGCGCUCCUCUAUUCGGGGUUAAUAGUCAUUUAUUAACUAUUCGGAGGAAAAAGGCCACGGCUUUGGAUGCCUCAGCAGAUCGAGAAAAAAACAAGACGGUGAUUUCAAGUGUUUUGUAAAGGAUCAGUCUCUUGCUUCCACCUCCCCCCAGGCUGGAUACGCCAGUACCGGAGACUCAGCGCUCUUCAUCUUUUUUUACCACCAGAGCCACGGUGAAAAAUCUGAUUUUGUGCUGUCUUUUGCAUGGCUUAACAAGGAAGGCGUUUCGUGGUCCGGGGAUACAGCGAGGCUUGGUGCCGGAUGGAAACGAGCUGCCUUCAGUCAGCAAUGGCUAUGGGUCUGUCAUCAAAAAAAGCAUCUUCUCGAAACGUCGCCGUGGAGCGCAAGAACCUCAUCACGGUCUGCAGGUUUUCUGUGAAGACUCUGCUGGAGAAGUACACAGCUGAGCCCAUUGACGAUUCCUCCGAGGAAUUCAUCAAUUUUGCAGCCAUUCUAGAGCACAUCCUCAGCCACCGCUUCAAGGGUAACACGACAGGUCCUGGGAGCUGGUUCAGUUAUGACGGACAGCGCAGUUUCUGGGAUUUCAUCCGCGUUGCCUGUAGCAAGGUGCAGAACAACUGCAUCAGCAGCAUAGAGAACAUGGAGAACAUCAACACCUCACUCGCCAAGGGACGGGCCUGGCUUCGAGUGGCUUUAAUGGAGAAGCGUCUCUCUGAGUACAUUGCGACAGCCCUGAGGGACACGCGGACGACGAGGAGGUUCUAUGACGACGGUGCCAUCAUGCUGAGAGAAGAGGCCACGGUGCUCACCGGCAUGCUCAUCGGACUUGGGGCCAUAGAUUUCAGCUUCUGUCUGAAGGGACAGGCCCUGGACGGCAAGUCGGCAGCAGUAAUUGACUACACACCAUAUCUUAAGUUCACUCAGAGCUACGACUACCUGAGCGAUGAUGACGACCGGCAGAGCGUGGACAGCAGCACCAGCGACGACAGCUAUCCGGAGCAUCCCUACAUCCCGCUGGUCACCGACGAGGAGAGCUGGAGCACUAAGUGCCGCAAGAUGGAGCAGAGGUUUAAGAUCGUCUACGCCCAGAAGGGAUAUCUGGAGGAGCUGGUCCGCCUUCGGGAGUCUCAGCUGAAGAACCUGGAGACGGAAAACAAACGGCUGGCCCUGAGGUUGGAGGAGCUUCAGCAACAGAGUCAGCAGGAGAAGAAGGAGCUGGAGGACAUUGUACUCGAGCUACAGGAACAGCUAGCAAGCCUGAUACCAUGUGACUCCAGUCACCUGAAUAAGGACCUCACUAUCCCCCUGGUCAACCAGUGGCCAUCGAGCCAGGCUUUUAACAACCAGGAGGAUGUGAAACUCUUCCGCAGGAGCUUCCCCAGUGUAGAACAGCUCUCCGCUGAGGUUAGCCUGGAUCUGGAUUCUCAAAAAAUCGAGGGGAAGCAGAAUGGCGAACCUUGGUGUCCAGCAGGUAAAGACUACACCCCUUCCAUGCUGGGUCUGUGUGGAUCCCUGGCCUCUCUGCCAAGCUGCAAAUCAUUGGCCAGCCUGAAAUCCAGCGAGUGUCUGGUCAACAUCAGCACAGAAGCCAGCCCUGCCCUUUCUCCCAGCUAGGGCGUAGCUGGCCACCCCCAGCACCCUCCCGCCUCCCCAUGCAAUGGGGCCACACAUUCAGUUCUGCUUCACACAGGGCCCACACCCAACUGCAGCAGGGGACUCUGUGCCUUCUGCGGCUUCGGCGCCCCCCCCGCCCUCCCGCCUGCCCUCUCUGCCGCCUCCUCCAGCUCCUUCCGUCCUCUUCAGCUUGAUGCGUGCCCGAAGGAUCUCAAACAGCGCUGAGAAGCGAACUGUGGUGGAAUGACCGAACACUUCUGAAAAAUCUGUCUUUGAGGACAUUGUGUUAGAGAUAAUGAAAAAUAUUGAAGGAAAUAUACUUGAAUAAUACUUUCCCAAUCAGCUCUUCUCCCAGUCCCUCUCCCUCCUUCAGACCUUGUCGGAACUUGAAACUAUAUCGUAUGUUUGACUGUUGCUAUGUAUAAAAUAUUACAUCAUUCCAAACUGAAAUUGUGUUCCUCUACUUUCUCUUUGCCCAACUUUUAAUCUAUACUUAGACCUAAAUAUUUGUCUUUUCAGUCUUGACUGACCUUUUAUGUUUGUCCAACAUAAAACAUAACUGAACUGCCAUGAUUUCCCAGUAUAAAAACACACGUAAAUUAAGGUUAUUUGUGAUCAGAUGGCUUUCUGCUUUACAGGAAGUGCAUCUUCUUAUGUUUUGUGUGACUUGGAGUGUAUGAAUGACUAAUAUUGAGAAUGACUUUGAAUUUUAACCUUGAGCUUUACUGAUUUUGAUCAAAAUUGCAAUUUCAGCAAGUGGAAGAAGCAAUGAACCAAGUAUUCAUCUGUUUGUUUGUUUAUGGAGGGUACUUUGUAUAACCUAUUUUUAUUUUUUAACAUUUGUGUGCAGUUUUUGUAUCCCUUUCUGUUUUUUGAAUUUAAUGGUUUCCCUGGGAUCUAUGCUGUUUGUCAGCUUACUCUGCAAUAAACUGCUUCCCUUUUGUUCUCA